UAAUCAGCACCAUGUUGGCUAUCAAGCAUACCUUGCAAGCGCUUCCAUGGCUCCUCUUGUUUGCGCAGCAGGCUGCAGCCAGCGGCGGCUGCGACUGCACUACAGCCACGGACGGGGCGGAAAAGCAGGGCGCGACGAAGCUGAAGCUGGUCGCCAUCGCGUCCAUCCUGACUGCGGGGGCGGCUGGCGUGCUGGUGCCUGUGCUUGGCCGCUCCAUGGCCGCGCUGCGCCCCGACGGUGACAUCUUCGCUGUCAAGGCGUUUGCGGCUGGCAUCAUCCUUGCAACCGGCAUGGUGCAUAUUCUGCCAGCGGCGUUCGACAGCUUCACGUCCCCAUGCCUCCACAAAGGUGGCGGCAGUAGGAGCAGCUUCCCUUUUGCGGGUCUUGUGGCGAUGACUGUAGCAAUGGCCACAAUGGUCAUAGACUCGCUGGCUGCUGGGUACUACAGGAGCUCUCACGUCAGUAAGGCACAGCCUGUUGACAGCAUCGACAUACCUGACCAUGCUGGAGACGAGGAAGGGAGGACCGAUCAUGUGCAUACGCAGGGUGAGGUGGUGAUCAUCAUCUCACCAGAGGAGGCUUCAAUAGCUGACACAAUCCGGCACAGGGUGGUGUCUCAGGUAAGAGUAGCCACUCAAACCGGUGAAUCCCUCUUGGUGCAUUCGGUGAUCAUUGGGGUGUCCUUAGGAGCAUCUGUGAGGCCACCCACCAUCAGGCCUCUGGUCGGUGCCCUUAGCUUCCAUCAGUUCUUUGAAGGCAUAGGCUUGGGUGGUUCCAUUGUACAUGCUAAUUUCAAGGUAAGGGCAACCAUCAUCAUGGCAACGUUUUUCUCCCUGACUGCACCUGUGGGCAUUAUGCUAGGGAUUGCAAUUUCAUCUAGCUAUAAUGUGCAUAGCUCUACUGCCUUCAUUAUCGAGGGAGUCUUCAACUCAGCAUCGGCAGGGAUUUUGAUCUACAUGUCCCUAGUUGACCUUCUAGCAACAGAUUUCAAUAACCCAAAGGUACAUACAAACACAAAGCUUCAGCUGAUGACAUAUCUUGCACUUUUCCUAGGUGCAGGGAUCAUGUCCAUGCUAGCCAUAUGAGCAUAGAUCUCCAUAUUUCUACUAGUAUUACUAUGUCAUGCUAAAGUUGGAAGUAUCCAGUGGAGCUCUCCAUUCUAUCAGAAUAAUAAUCCAUUGGUGCAGAAUUGACAAUUCAUCCAUGAAUUUUCCAUGUCUCAAAAUAGGUUAUUCUUGGAUAUUCUCCAUUUACGAGGUUGUAUGAACGCCAGCCAUAAAUCCUAAGUCAUGUAAGUGAUUAGUUAUACAGCAGGUUUUGAACUUUCUAUUUAGACAAGUCGAGUCCCACAUGACACAAUUAACGGAAUCAGCAUGCACAGUUUUUCCAUCAUGCAGAAGCAACAAAACAGGCUAGUUUGUUUAGAUCAUUAGUAAGAAAAUUCCUUUCCAGAAUACUUGACAGGAGAGUUCAAAGCUUUAGCACAGAUAUAAAUUUUCAAUAAGAUUUUAAGGUCUACACAAUUUAUCCGCAAUUGCAUAUGCUCCUGGGAGAUAAACACAUGCAACACACACAAGAGUGAAGUGCUACUGGAGCUAUUGAUCCAUGGUCAGUCAUAUCUGGGAUAGGAUAAAGCUUCAGAUAAGACUCAAGUCCUUACCGAAAUCAACGACAACAUAGCAAGAUCCUAUUUUGUUUCAUGACACAAAAACAAUAUCCAUUGUCAAACAAAGUACUGUCUUAUCCAGUUCCACUGAUUGU